AUGUCGCAGUUUCAGGAGAAGCUGCUGGAAGCCUUUGGCAAACUCUUGUCCUCCGGUGCGAGAUCACCUCGCAGGUAUAAGGGCACUGUGAAUGUGGACUGUGCUUGUGGUGUAGGUUCCAUUGCGCUCUCCAACAUGGAGGAACGCUUAAGUGCAGUCGGGCUGGUGGUGAAUUUGGUGAAUCGUGUGGGCGAAGGAGUGCUCAAUGAAGGUUGCGGUGCCGACUUUGUGAAGACCAAGCAAAGGGCACCGGCCAAGGCCGAUGUGAUGGGACGCUGGGCCAGCUUUGAUGGUGAUGCCGAUCGGAUCGUGUAUUUCUUCUCGAAGGGACAGGAUGGUUUCUGCCUGUUGGACGGAGACCGAAUCGCCCUCUUGUUGUCCUCGUUCGUGAAAUCCUUGUUGACAGCUGCAGGGGCUGAGGAGAUCAAGGUGGGUCUGGUGCAGACAGCUUAUGCCAAUGGCGCCUCAACCGAGCGCGCCAAGGAAGAUCUAGGCGAUGCGCUGGCAUGUGCCAAGACGGGUGUGAAGCACUGCCAUCACGCCGCCUUGGCCUACGACGUGGGCGUCUACUUUGAGGCCAAUGGGCACGGCACCCUUCUCUUCAGCCAAAAGUUCGUGGACCGAAUGCAAUCCCUGGCCACCAGCAGUCGGAAGCUCGGUUUUGGUGAAGAACUUGGCUCUUGGAUGGAAGUGCUUGGACGACGUCGCUUGCGCUUGGCGCGCGACCGGUCCGGUGCACCGUGGCGGUCCGCUGGGCGCGACGGUGUCCGGGGCGAAGGCACCACGGGCUCUGCAGGGGUCAUGCUUCAUUUCUUCAGCGAUUUCUGGAGCUCUUCUAGGCGCGUCGAGGAAGUGGCGAAAGCAGAGGCUCCGAUUCUUCGCUUCCGCGGCGACCAUGUCGCCUUCGGAGGCCACAUCAAACAUGGGCUGAUUGAGAACGUGGCGUUGGUCUUCGUCAAGCCGCACGCAGCUACACCGCAGGUCUUGAAACUGGUCCCGGACUUCCUUCGUGAGAAGGGCCUUGAGGUCCUGCGCUCUGGUAGCAUUGAGUCCAGGGAGAUUGAGGAGAGCGGGAUCAUCGAUGCGCAUUAUGCGGCCAUCGCAGCAGUUGGAAUGGCCCGGGACGUGACAUCGCUGGGACUCGAAGAAGUGGAGGAGAAGUUCAAAGUUUAUGGAAGGACGCUCCCCGAAGCGGUGGAAGCUGGAGAAGUUUGCAGUGCUGUGACAGCCAUGGAGAUUUUGGACGUGGAUCCCUCCGAGCUCUUGCGUCGCUGCCUCGCAGCAGGCUAUGAGAAACUCAGGUCCGGCCUCUACUGCGCACGCUUGGAAGGUGGCCCGACGGGACAGCUUUUUGUGCUCAAUGGCUUCUAUUCGCGGAUGCGUGAGAAGUUUACCACGGAGGGGGUCACGGUGCAUUGGUUUGUGGUCAGCUGGCAUCAGUCACAGUUGCCAUGGAGCGACUUUCGUCGCCAGGUGAUUGGUGCCACGAAUCCCACGGAUGCCGUGGAAGGCUCUUUGAGAGCCAGGAUCAGAGAUGAGUGGCAAUCCCUGGGUUUGAAAGAAGAAACAAACUAUCAGGACAACGGUGUUCACGCUUCUGCCGGACCCCUCGAAGCUCUCCGGGAGCGCAUGGUGUGGUUGGGUGACGACCCAGAGACGGACACCUUCGGCCAAGAGCUUGCAUCCACCUGUUCCAUCCGUUUAAAGGACCUGGUGGAAAAUCCCAUCCUCGACGUCGAUGGGAAGACCGGCACGGCGUUCGACCUCUUGGAAGAGCUUGACACGCGGCAAACACUGGAGGCAGGGUUCUGCGGGUUCCGUGACGCUGAAAAGAAGGGGGCGGCGGAGAAGUUGCUGCACUUUCGGGAUCUCAUCAAUGAAACCGUUGGGGACGCCAUUUCUAUUUUUCUUGCGGUGGAGGCCGUGCUCUACUUGACGGAUUCAGACUGUGAUGCUUGGCGUGCCAUGUAUGACGACCUGCCCAACCGACAGAUCAAGGUCCUUGUAGCCGACCGUGGCAUCUUUGAGACGACCGAUGCAGAGAGGGUUUGUGUGAAGCCCGCGGGCUUGCAAGCUGAAAUCGACAAGGCAGUAGCCAAGGUGCCGAAAGGGCGCGCCUUUGUUCGCCCCAGCGGCACAGAAGAUGUGGUGCGGGUCUACGCGGAGGCGGAGAGCACAGAGGCAAUGCUGACCCUGGCGCAGGACGUGGUGGAUGCAGUGCAUUCCAUGGCAGGUGGUGUCGGAGAAAAGCCCACCGUGACGUGA